CACCACAACGCGGCGACCAGACAUUCGCUUCCGGGGCUUUGCGCGAUGUCUGGGCCACGCGUGCUGCGUGAGCUGCACGGGGUGUUCGCCGUCUACAAACCGGCGGCGGUGACGUGGCGCCAGGUGCGCUCCACCCUGGAGAGCCGGCUGCUGCAGGAGCUCAAUGCUCUGAAGCAGCCAGGUCCCCGGCAACUGGUGAAAGUGGAGACUUUCACCACGGCAACGGAAAGAGGAGAGGAGCAGAGUCUCGCCGUUUCCCUGGUUCCCAGCCUGGCGGAUCACCCACUCGUGAGGGGGCCGCGCUACCGUUCGCUCGGGUUGGCGGUCGGACACGGCCUGGACACAAGCGCAUCCGGAGUGCUGGUUUUCGCCGUGGGUUCAGGAAGACGACUGCUGGACGAGCUAAGGAAGUCGCCCGUCACUCAGGCCUACACCUUGCACGGCCGUCUGGGCAUCGCCACUGAGGACUUCUCCACCCAGGGCCGGGUCAUCGAGACGGUGACCUACGAGCACGUGACGAGGGAUCUGAUGGAGAGAGCCGUCGCGAUGAUGCACGGCGCUGCCCAGAAGGCUCUACUCCUGCACUCUGACGUGGACGUGGGGAGCCACGAGGGAUACCUGCGCGCCGUUUCUGGCUGCCUCCUCCCAUCACGGCACAAGACGCCGGCCCUCAUCACCGCCGUGCGGCUCGCUGACUUCAACCCCCCCGCCUUCACGCUCGAGGUGCAGUGCACGCCCCAGGGCUCUCAGCUGGCGCUGCGCCGCUGCGUCCACGACGUGGGCCGGGAGCUGCGCUGCGCCGGCGCCGCCCACCUGGUGCGCCGCGUGCGCGACGGCCCCCUGGCGCUGGCCCACGCGCUGGCGCCCGCCCGCUGGCACCUGCUGCCCGUGCUGGCGGCCGCGCGAGCCGGCGGCCUGGCGGUGCACACAGCCCUGGGCACAGUGGUGAAGCGGGAGGAGGGGGAGGAGGGGGAGGAGGAGGAGGACUUCCGGAGGGAGUGAUGCCGAUUUGAGACAACUAAAACGAAGUACUAUUUACUAUUUAUUUUUUACCCGGUAAGGUCCCACUGAGCUAAUGUAGCUCUUUUUCAGCAGUGACCUGGCUGUCACAAAUGAUAACUCCACGAAGUGGCUUAUCAUCUCGUGGACAUUUAUAGCAGCCAAAUUCUCUAAACAUGUAAUGCUGAUUCUAGGAAUGGAGGGAAAAACCGGAGGAACCAGAGAAAAAUCCACGCAACCGCAGGGAGAGAGAUAGACAUGCAAACUCCAAAUUUACAGCGGGUGUCAGGGUUGGGAUUUAACCCACGACCUUCUGUAUACCAGCGAGGUAGUUAACAUCUCCUAGCCACCGUGGUGCUGUGUGUUUUUCGGAGAAAUUGAAGAAACCAGAAAGAGAGGAAGACUGAACAGAGAAUGGCUUGACGACGACAUCGUAAGAGAUUGGUGCCAGAAAGAUGUGGCACUACUUGAGCAUAAUGGCACUAUAAGAUAGAGAAGAAAGUGGAAAUGAAUGACGAAAUGAGCAGUGGACACGGAGGGGCUAUCUGCCCAUGGAUCACGAUGAUGACGAAAACUAAACUAUCUUUUUUAUUCUACCAGGUAAGGCCCACUGAGCUAUGUAGCUCUUUUUCAGAAGUGACUUGGCUAUCACGAAUGAUCGCUCAACGUAGUGGAUUAUCGCGUGUAGGAAUGUAUACUAGCAGCCACGUAAGCUAAACUCACCACACAGAAACCCAUAGACUCACCACACAGAGACCCAUAGACACACAACACAGAGACGAUUAGACUCACCACACAGAAACCCAUAGAGUCACCACACAGAAACCCAUAGAGUCACCACACAGAAACCCAUAGACUCAUCACACAGAGACCCACAGACUCACCACACAGAGACCCAUAGACUCACCACACAGAGACCCAUAGACUCACCACACAGAGACGCACAGACUAAACUAAAACUCAAACUAAGCCCACUGAGCUAUGUAGCUCAUUUUUCAAAAGCGACCUGGCCACAAAUGAUUCUUAACAAUGUAAUUGAUAGUUUGAAUUUAAUGUACAAUUUUAUGGAGGGACUACUCUGUUGUUUUGGUGUGGUCUGGGACUGUGGUGUGUCUUGGUUGGUCUAGGACUGUUUUUGUUGUUGUUUUAUUGCCUUUCCCAAGGUUGUGAAUUAAUGUACCAAUGCAAUUUGAACUUAUAUACUUUAUUAUAUAAACUUUAUUAUAUAUACUUUAUUCAUUUAUUAAAAGGGCGCCGCGGCGGUGUGAUAUUAGCUUCCUCGUCUGGUAUGCAGAAGGUCGGGGGUUCGAUCCCGACCCUUGGUGUCGGUGUGCAUUUAGAAACAUGCAUUUUGAUUUAGAUAAUUUUGCUGCUGUAAAUGUCUGCGUGACUAGCCACUUUGUUGAGCUAUCAUUUGUGGCUAGGCUGCUUAUGUAUAUUUUUAAAGCAAUUUCAGUACCGGUCAUAUACGUUGCACUCCUAUCGUAUUUUUGUAUUGUUGUAACGUUUCUACCUGACUACUGGAUAUAUCUGUACAAAAAAUAACAACUGUAUAUCUCAUCGGAUUCCUCCAGUAUAAAUAAAUAUUCAUAUUCUGA